AUCAUCGUAUGCUGGGUAGCGUGCGAGCAGCACUCCUCAUAAUAGGGGUUGCGGCUACUCUGGAGGAGGAGGGUGUGAUCGAUGACCUUGGCCAAGACCCAUGGGUUGUGACGCCUAUGCUAUCGGGUGGUCAGUAUAGACUGCCGGAUGGUGCUGUCGUGGAUAACGCCGAAAUACCACCAGGAGACUUGGAAUUGACUCUUCGGGAGCUGGAGAAUCAAGUGGAUCCUACCGUGCUGAGAGGAGAUGCCCCCUUGAGUCGUCAUGAGCAUGCGGAUCUCUGUGGUAGAGCAUUCGGGCAUCUUUUUAGAGAGAACCCUGGAUGGGAGACAACUCGAGAAAGGGUUGGCAGUGUUAUCAAUGAAAUUAUGUCUGCUAUAGGGAAGGGAGGAAACCAGAUUGGUUCAUGCUACUCCAUCCUCGGUCUCAUAUUGUCCACUGGGGUUCUCGUCGAUGGGAACACUGGGGAGGCUCUGAUAUCAGCUGAGCACAUACAGCGGAUCCUAGUCCUCGUGGAGAAUCUAGGAGGGAAUACACAACCAAGGCAUGAGCUGCCACCAGCAAUGAGGCUCUAUCGCAAGGGCGCGGCGAUGGGAUGUUCCCUGGGCGCCCUGGCCUUGAUAUCGUCAUACCAGCUUGGAUACCAGAAUGAGUCGGCCUCUACAGUCUCGCUGGCAGCCAUGCGGCCCCCGGCCGUUGAAGCUGUGCUACGUGGUGAAUCUGUACCGGUGGAAAAUGAUGAGGAGACCUGUAUGGAGAUCGCUAGGAUGGCAUAUCCCAUCGCGGAAGCAGUAAUGGGCAAUAUCGGUUGGGAUCGCCUUAGAGUUCUCAAUGAUGCUGAUGCUCGUUCCCUCUAUCUCCGUCCUGGGAAGCCGGCUCCGGACGAUGACGUGUCUAUGUACUACUCGUGGUUGGAGUUACUACCACAUAAUCAGUGGUCUACUCUAGAAGGCUACCUUACUCAGGAGCAGAUCGACGAGCUCACGGCAUUCCUCUCUGAUGAGGAGAGUAUCGCAGCGGGAGUUGCCGGAGGAGUGUCGUCCUUGGAUGACAUGGAAGAAGGCCCCGCAGAGGUGCAUGCGUCCCUGCAGCAGCUACGAUAUAAUAUAGUAUUGGAAAAGCUAAGACCAGCACUGGAAACCGUGGCGAGUCCUGAGGGGACUACUACUAUGGACUGCGCCGAUGCUCUGGAGCGGCUACUAGCGGUGAUUAAGCGCUAUCACCGGACACUGCGGAUAUUGGACGGAAUUUCGCACACACAUACGUCGAGUGAUAUUAGACUCCUGGCUGCCUUGUUCGGCUCGGAAAUGGGACUCAAGUCUGGUCAUGUUAAUGCAGCUCGAUUGGUUGAGGAGAGGGGCCUUCCUGUGGAGGCAGUGGGCUGGCAGGUGGGUGUGGACGCUCCUAGUGAUGUGGUAAACCUAGGUGGACUUAAGGAUCGCUGCAUUCAGGUCGUUACGCGGUCUAUCAUCCUGAGAGUGAAUACUGUCAAUGGACUGCAGACUGUUCCCGACUGGUGCAGAAAGCUUCUCUCGGAGACCUAUAGGAUGAGGGCUGCUCUGGGGUCCUAUGAUGCUUAUAGUGUGAGGGCUUUAAUUAGCAAAUAUCGAGGCUCAGAUGAGGAGGGUGCUGAUGAGAUUGCGUACAAGUGGGCAACUUAUGGAGCUGAUGUCCUCGGAGACUACCAGUGCAUGUAUGAGCUAGCGAUGAUGGACGUUUUCAAUUACAAGGAUUAUCCUCUGGCCCUCGAGCGGUUGGAAAAUCUGUCUAAACGGCCGCCAGUCGUGUUUCCUUGGGAGGUGAAUCCCUUAGACCAAUUUGCUGAUCCUGAGUUGGAAGCUCGAGUGAUGGACAUGUUACUUGAGAACAAUCCGUGGACUGCAGAUAGUAUAGGAAAAUCCCCGGACGAGGAAGAGCUACAGGGGAUGGAAAAAGGAGGGUCAGCGGUCGUACCUGCACCUCAUGUGACGGCUUCGGUGGUGGGCGUGGGGGUUGCCUUCCUAGCGUACGUGAUGGACUGUUGCCGAUGCGGAAUGUAUGCUUUGAGUGCGAGUCGGGACCAUCGAUUUAUUGGAGCCGUCUUUCAAUUCGAAUGUCCAUUUAUCAAAAUUCCUCGCGGUUGGCCCGAGCCCCCAACUGUUCAACUCACAGUGCUUGUCCUUGUUCUCGUUUUACUCUUGAUUCUGUUGAAGAUACUAUCGGGGAAGCUAAUCGGAAUGCUUUCCCGAGGAGAGGUUCCUGAACACCAACAUCGAGAGUAG